AUGAAUGACUGCAAUAAAUGCUCAGAUGAAGAUUAUCCAAACAAGAGCCAGGAUGUGUGUAUUCCCAAGGACAGAAACUUCUUGUCGUAUGAAGAACCUUUGGGCAUCAGUUUAGCCUUCUUUGCUCUUUCUUUUGCUUUUAUCACAGCUUUGGUAAUGGUAACAUUUAUGAAGCACCACAACACACCCAUCGUCAAAGCCAACAACCGAAAUCUCACCUACACUCUCCUAGUCUCCCUCCUGCUCUGCUUCCUUUGUGCUUUACUCUUCAUUGGCCAACCUGAGAAGGUGACAUGUCCGCUCCGACAAACUGCUUUUGCCAUCAUCUUCUCUGUGGCUGUUUCAUGUGUGCUGGCAAAAACUGCCACGGUUGUUCUGGCUUUCUUGGCCACCAAACCAGGAUCCAGGAUGAGGAAGUGGGUGGGGAAAGGACUGGCCAACUCCAUUGUUCUUUCUUGCUCCCUUGUUCAAGCAACCCUCUGUACUGUGUGGCUGGCAAUCUCUCCUCCAUUCCCAGAUCUAGACAUGCACUCAAUGACUGAACAAAUUAUAGUAGGAUGUAAUGAGGGCUCUGUGACUAUGUUUUAUUCUGUCCUUGGCUACAUGGGCUUCCUGGCAAUUGUGGGUUUUACUGUGGCUUUCCUCGCGAGGAAGUUACCUGACAGUUUCAAUGAAGCCAAGUUUAUCACUUUCAGCAUGUUGGUCUUUUGCAGUGUUUGGUUAUCUUUUGUCCCAACCUACUUGAGCACCAAAGGAAAAUAUAUGGUAGCUGUGGAGAUCUCUUCCAUCUUAGCUUCCAGUUCUGGGUUGUUGUGUUGCAUCUUUUCCCCAAAAUGUUAUGUUAUUGUGUUGAGACCUGAGUUGAACAACAGGGAGCAGCUAAUAAGAAGAAAAUAA